UCUCUGAGCUGCUUGAGCUGAGAAAGGCGUGAGAGGUAUAUAAGAGCUGGAUUACUAGAUAGCAAAUGAGGGGGUAAAUAUUCCAGUGGAUACAAGUUUGGGCUCUUUUCAUGAAGCUUUUUUUCUAUCAAAGGCAUUUGCUGAUAUUGCUGACAUUGAAAUAUUAAAAGAAAAUUUGAGAAGCAAUGUGCAUCCUAAAGCUGAAAGUAUUUCUCAUCAUGCUGUCUGUUGCAAUAAACUCUCUGAAAGCUACACCCAUGGAAAGCCAUCAGGUGGAAACACGGAAAUGCAACACCGCCACAUGUUCAAUGCAUCGCCUGGCAGAUUUUUUAGGUCGUUCCGGCAACAACUUUGGUGCCAUCCUCUCACCUACCAACGUGGGAUCCAAUACCUAUGGCAAGAGGAAUGCAGUAGAGGUUUUAAAGAGAGAGCCACCGAAUUACUUUCCCCUUUAGAGGACAAUGUGCCUCUACAGUUAUUGCUUUAUGUUCUAGUGAUUUCCUGUAUAAUUUACCAGUGCCUUUUUAAUUUCCACUGUGAAUAUAUGGUCUGUGUAUCCUACGUUUAUUGCCAGGACAUAUACAUUGUCAAAAGAUUGUUUUAUAUGUAGUACUAGCUAAGGUCCCAUAAUAAAAAGAUAGUAUCUUUUAAAAAUGAAAUGUUUUUGCUAUUGGUUUCUAUUUUAAAACAUAAAAAAAGUAGUUUUGGGGCUUAUAUGUUAGUGGCACAGGUUUAAGAACAGAGGAGAAAAUGGUAGUUUGGAACUUGGUAAACUGUAAACAGUUAAUAAUAAAGUUAUUUUUCUUAACAUUAGAAAAUCAGUAAUUGUAAGUACCCUUGUUAAGCAACCCCUUUUUGCACUAGAUUUCUAAAAUGAUAAGGUGCUGUUUUAAAAACAAAGAAAUAAAAUCCUGCUCCUGACUCAGUCGAAGUAUUUUUUAAAGUCUAUUGUUUGCUGUGUUUGCUGGUACUAAGAGGUCAUUUAAAAGUAUAAAAGCACUUUGUAUCUUUGAGGGUUUCAUUGUGUGUUAGCAGCAGUGAGCUUUCAUUAAAUGUUUAUAUGCCCUUUAUUCUGUUUAAGUGGCUUUCAGCAAACCUGGUCCUAUUCUUAUGCAGGGUAUGGCAAACGCAACUUAUGUUCUAUUAAUCAUGUCUUCAAUUAAAAGAUCACAGACUUCUGGAAACUA